AUGGCAAUCAUCCUUCCGACUUGCAAUCGUUGCACAGCGGCAAGCAAAGAAUGCAACUACUUGCCCUCACGUCGGGGCCAAAAAAGGCGAGCUGCCGCAUCCAUUGAGCCCACAGCAGUCAGGCGGGCAUUCGAAUCUACCAUCGAGAACCUCGCCGUAGUGGACUUUCCCACUCCCGGUAGAUUGGCCAGUGUUACCAAUCCGCACUGCGAGUCGGGACCCCUAGAGCGAGAACCGGCAUCACACCUCGGCGUUAUACAGGAAGCAUCAUUAACUAACACCCUACAUGUUAGCGAAAUUGUGACGGACCAGCCCACCGCUGCACCACCAUUGAGCCAGAUAGCCCCACGACGCUAUCAUGACGAAGGUCUUGUCAAUUUGUUCUAUGCGAAUUUCCACUCAGCACAUCCAAUUUUGCUUCCUAGGUCUAUGUACAACGAAGAGACGUAUCCAGAGUCUCUACAGCUAGCCGUGCAGUUCGUCGAUAGUCAUUUCUCUACGACAACCUCGAGCGACUCGCUAUGUACCGCCACAGCAGAGGCACUUCGAGACGAUGACCAACAAGGCUUUCAUCUUGUCCAAGCUCGAUUGCUAUUCGCAAUAGCCCUCCAUUCACGAAACGAAAUCAGAGAGUCGGUCAGCGUGCUGGCUGAUGCAGUUUCCCUAACCAUCAACUUAGGAAUGAAUCGCAAAGACUUCUCCCAGAGGCACGGUAACACUGAGAUUGAAGCAGAGAGCAUUCGACGUACAUGGUGGGAAUUAUACGUGAUAGAUGGCAUAAUGGCAGCACUCCAACGCAACCCCACCUUCCGCUGCCACACAAUCAAAACCGAAGUCUUACUUCCCUGCGAUGAGAACCUGUGUCACAAUAAUACCAUCCCCGAGCCCUUCUCCAUGGCCCAGUUCGACGCUCGGGUCUACGGUGAUGAAGACCGGCCAUUUUCCUCAUUUACCUACCGCAUCGAUGCCGUACCCGUAGCAUGGACGCAUGAAGUCCAUGAGAACCACAUGAAAGCGAUCGACAAUGCCAUUACAGCAUGGUUUCACCAUCUCCCCGACGGACAAGGACAGAUAGACAUGUUAGAUCUCAACGAUAGUGACGACGAGAAGCUCUUCCAGGCACACAUGCUUAUCAACUACGCCACCAUGUAUCUACACUUCCCACGCAGUGACUUAGCACCCGCCCUUCCAGCGGCCAGGGACGUGAUCCGAGAGAGAUUCCUCCUCCCAACUUCGAGUCAACAUAUGCAUGCUCUAAAGACCAUCUCGGCGUCCAAAUGUCUCGGCAGCCUUGCCUCUUGCCCGUCUACUGUCAGGAAACAUUCUCCUUUCUUUAUCUGCUGUGUCGUGUUCAUUAUCAUUGUGCAGCUUUCUGCAUGUGCUGCGAAUCGCCCGGGUAGCUAUGACAAGCAUUGGGAUCAAAUAAAGCUCAUUAUGGGUGUGCUCAAGACCUUGGGGAGGAUGUGA